AUGGCUUCCUCCAACCUACAUCCACCACCACAAUCAGACCUGUUCUAUGAAUCCGACAUGUCAGAUUGGGGUGGCAACGAAUAUAAUAACUACCAUGGCCACUCAUCAUCAGCAGCAUCACAACAACAACAUCGUAGAUCUUCCGAAUCUUCGACUGAGAGAUCCUUGUAUGAUGACGACAAAGAAAAGUAUUCCACCAACAACUAUGCCGGCGGUGGUGGUAUCAACCCAGUCCAACAAUACCAACAAGAAUAUGGUUUCUAUUAUCCUCAAUUGUUGAGUAGGGGUUUGGUAGUUCUCACCAACAACAACACCUUCGGCUCCGACCCCAAACAACCACUGUUUUACGCCGAAAUCUCCCAAUUCACCUUUCACAAACCGGACGUCACCUUACACGCUUUGCCGCCUGGCGGGUGCAGCAGCAUCGCAGCAAACGGGCAGGAUGUCGAUCUCGAUCUCGAACACGUCGCGGAAAUGGGAGAAUCAGCACCCGUCGUAGGGGCCGUGCAUUUGCCCAAAUUAUCUCGCAAUUUCACUCUCGAAAUCGGUGGUGGUCAAUUCAGUUACGCGCCAGACACGUCCAUCGAAGUCACAUGCGCAAGCAUGAUCACCCACAGCGAGUACCGAUUAGAGUUCAACGAGAGAUCCUUUGCGUGGAAAAGGACCCACGACGAGCAGGCGGGCGUCGAAGGAGGGUCGUUCUUGCGUGCUCUCAACAUGGAGAGUUAUCAGUUGAUCGACAUCGAGGCCGACGAGGUAGUCGCUUCGUUUCUCGCCAACAAAUUCAAGAGUUGGAAGAAAAAAGGUAAAUUGAGGAUGGCAGACUUGAGAAUUGGACCGGACACUCAAAAGUUGAGACUGGUCAUUUUUCUAAGUAUAACAGGUAUUCUGGAAAAGGCCAGAAGGAGGGAAGCUCGCCGAAAUCGUCGUCGUCGUGCUGCUGCGUAA